AUUUCAGCACGCAGUUAUCUUAUCACUUGACUCAUUCGUCAAUGACAAUGAUAGUAUUAUAGUGCUCAGGCUCUACGUCAAGUCAGGAAGACUUCUUAGUAGGUACCUAAUACCUAUUUAGUAAUCAGCAGUCAAGGAACAAUAUCGUAAACUGAAUUAUAGUAUAGUUAAGUUAUAUAGUGAAUACAAAUGGUGCAGUGCAGUUAAUCAAUAAUUUACGGGAUCACAUUGUUAAAUAAUAGCGAUCAAGAUUUCAAACAGAUAAUAUAAUAAAUUUUGUAAUUCAUAUACUGCAUCGAUUCGCAUGAUGGCUGAAGAGGUGAAUGGAUACCACAAAGAAGCUCUUCCUGCUGGGUUUUCGGUGGAAGAAAUCAAGAUCCCAGUUCCGUGGGGUCAUGUCGCUGGUCGGUGGUGGGGCCCUCGUACCAAGCAACCCCUUAUAGCUAUACACGGGUGGCAAGACAAUGCUGGUACUUGGGACAAUUUGAUACCACUCCUACCACCCAACACUUCCGUCCUAUGUCUGGAUUUACCAGGUCAUGGCUUAUCGUCCCAUUAUCCUACGGGGAUGCUUUAUUACAUUUUCUGGGACGGUAUAGUCCUUUUGCGACGGAUAGUUAGAUAUUUUAAGUGGAGUAAAAUUUCACUUAUGGGUCAUUCGUUGGGAGGUGCUUUGAGUUUCAUGUACGCAGCCUCGUUUCCUGAUGACGUCGACAAAAUCAUUUGCAUUGAUAUAGCCAGUCCGGCUGUCCGAGCACCAGAACACAUGGUGAAUUCCACUGGCAAUGCGAUAGAUAAGAAUCUUGAUUACGAAAAUUUGUCAGAAGACAAAAUACCGUGUUACGAUUAUGAGGAGAUGAUUGAUAUAGUUUGUGACGCUUAUAAAGGGUCGGUGUCGAGAGAGAAUUGUAAAAUAUUAAUGAAGAGGGGCAUGGCCCCGACCCCUUCACAUAUGAAGAAGAAAGGUUACCACUUCAAGAGAGACCCGAGGUUAAAAGUAUCCGGUCUAGCGAUGAUGUCGCUGGAGACAGCCCUGGAAUACGCUAGCAAAGUUACUUGUAAAGUUUUGAAUAUACGGGCAAUACCGGGACAGAAGUGGGAACGUUUAGAUUAUUACUUGGAUGUUGUGAACAGAUUAAAGAAGAACGCUGAAGUCACAUAUGUAGAAGUUGAAGGCACGCAUCACGUACAACUGAACUCACCAGAAAAUAUAGUAAAUAUUAUAGAAAGUUUCCUAGGGAUAUAUUAAUUUAUUAGAUAAUUAUAAAUAAUGUGAUAUGUUUGUGAUGAAUGCUUUUAGCACAAUGUAUUUAUAAAUUCGGUGCUAGUUUAUAUUAAUGCUUUUUGAAAGCAACGGGUGUUAUUUUGUUGGGUAUAACGUUUGCUUUACGAGUCGCAGCUGGUGCAUUACAUAGCUUAUUUAUGAUAAAGUGAUUACACACGUAGGCAAUUUAGUGUGUUAGUUAAUUUAUUGAUACAAUAAAAUAGUUUUUCUACAGGGAAAUAUAAAUAAUUAUUUUAUUUAUAAUAUUUUUUUAUCAUAUAUAUGUAUAUAUGUGUAUGCAAAUAUUGUCGGAAGUUUCUUUUUGUUAAAUAUUCAUGAUUAUACAGAUGGUAUUUGCUUUCGAUUGCCCUUCGUUUUUAUGCAUUUUAAAUAUUGUUGAAAAACUUAAACAUUAU